AUGAAAAAUCACUCAUCUGUGACAGAAUUCAUUCUCUUGGGAUUGACAGAUGAUGCACAGUUGAACAUUUUAAUUUUUAUUUUUCUAUUUUUUACAUAUAUACUCAGUAUAACUGGAAACCUCACAAUUAUCACACUAACUCUGGUCGAUUCUCAACUCAAAACUCCAAUGUAUUUCUUCCUUAGGAAUUUUUCUUUCCUAGAAAUUUCAUUUACUACAGUGUGUAUUCCUAGAUUCCUGGUCAGCAUUAUGACAGGGGACAUGACCAUCUCUUACAAUUCUUGCAUGGCCCAGGUGUUCUUCUUCAUUCUCCUUGGUUCAACAGAAUUUUUCCUCUUGACUGCCAUGUCCUAUGAUCGUUAUGUGGCCAUCUGUAAACCAUUGCAUUAUACAACAAUAAUGAAUAACAAAAUCUGCACACAGCUAGUCAUAAGCUCUUGGCUGGCUGGAUUUCUUAUUAUCUUUCCACCUGUGAUCAUGGGACUUCAACUGGAUUUCUGUGACUCAAACAUCAUUGAUCACUUCACCUGUGACUCCUCUCCUAUGCUGCUGAUCUCCUGCACAGACACAACAUUCCUGCAGCUCAUGGGAUUUGUCCUUGCGGUAGUCACUCUUAUGGUCACCUUAUCAUUAGUCUUGCUUUCCUAUGCUUUUAUCCUUAGGACAAUUCUGAAAAUCCCUUCUGCUGAGCAAAGGAAAAAGGCCUUUUCCACUUGUUCCUCGCACAUGUUUGUUGUCUCCAUUUCUUAUGGAAGUUGCAUUUUCAUGUAUGUCAAACCCUCAGCAGAGGAAGGACUAGCUUUUACCAAAAGUAUAGCAGUGCUGAAUACAUCUGUUGCUCCAAUGCUAAAUCCUUUCAUUUACUCCCUGAGAAACCAACAGGUUAAACAAGCCUUUAAGAAUUUAGUCAAAAGAUGUUUCUCAAAUAAGUUUCAUUCAUAA